CGACACCCGCACCGGCACCGGCCCCGACACCGGGCGGGGAGCGGCACCGGCCCGGCCCGGCCAUGGCGGAGCCGCUGCGGCCCUUCCGCCUGCGCGGGUGCGGCAGCCCGCAGAAGUUCGGGGUGGCGGCCGGGAGCCUGCGCGGGUUGCUGAGGAAGGGCUGCCGGCUGCUGCAGCUUCCCUUGGCAGGCAGCCGCCUCUGCCUCUACGAGGACGGCACGGAGCUGACCGAGAGCUACUUCCGAGCGCUGCCGCCGCAGACGGAGCUGGUGCUGCUGGGCCCCGGGGAGAGCUGGCGGGGCUGUGCCAGCGACAUCGAGCGGCUCCUGGCCGCGUUCUGCAGCCAGCAGGGCGCCGUGGUGGAGGCUGCGCGGAGGCUGCUGACGGACGAGCGGGCUCCCCACAGGCAGAAGCUGCUGGCGGAUCUCAUCCACAACCUGAGCGAAAACAUCCUGGCCGAGGACAAGGAAGACGACAAGAAAUGGUUUGAAGGGCUGGAGUCUCGGUUCAAGAACAAAUCCAGCUACCUGCGGCACAGCUGUGAGAGCAGAAUGCGGGGCUACCUGAGAGAGGUUAGUGGUUUUAUUUCAAACGUUCAUCCUGCAGCACGAGAUGCCUACAGAGGGAUAAUCGACCUGAUGGCAGAUAAACUGAAAUCUGUGAAGUACAACGGGUGCUACUUUGACAGAAGGGAGGAGGAGGAGGCAGCACGCCUGUGCACCGCAGAGGGGUGGUUCUCCUGUCAGGGACCUUUUGACAGAGAUGACUGCCCGUGUAAGCAUUCCAUCAACCCCUACAGCAACAGGGAAAGCAGGAUCCUCUUCAGCACCUGGAAUCUCGACCACAUAAUUGAGAAGAAACGUGCUGUUGUCCCAGAACUGGCAGAAGCUGUCAAAACACGAGAUGGGAGAGAAGUGAACUGGGAAUACUUCUAUCAGCUGCUGUUUACCCUGGAUAAUUUAAAACUCGUACAUAUUGCUUGCCAUAAGAAAACCAAUCAUAACCUCAGCUGUGACAAAACCAGAAUUUACAGAAAGAGGAAGCAAACCCAUGAGAUUUCCUAGUGCUGUCUCUGGAAGGGACCUGCUGCUUUUUUCAAUCAUGUCAGUCUGUUGUUUUUAAAUAGCUCCAAUUUCUUAAAUAAGAACUGUUUGAGAAUCCCUGGCACAAGACUGGCUGGGUAACCCAACCAGAGCCUCACAAAGCACACUCCAAUAUCCCAUUUAAUUCUCUUCUCCUGCUUUCCCACUCUUUACAAGCUUCCCUCAAAUCAAGCUCAAAUCAAGUGUGAUAAAGGUACAAAAUGAGCCAGAGGCUGACUCUGAUUCUACCCUGUCAUCUCAGGUCAGCGUUGGCCCAAAACUCACAGGAGACAGAAAUGAAACUUGAACAAAACAUUUUUU